UUCUGCUGACGUCUUUCCUCUUUAUCACACAUCAGACUUUUCCCAGUGGAGAUGGAGAACAGGCUUCAAUGAAAACUGCCUGUUUGCAGCUAUAUGGAUAUUACAGCCACCACAAGCACUAUUUCCUCCACCUGACCUGGAGCAGAAACAUCAUUAGCAGGAUAGAAAGGGAAUCUUGUUGCCUAGCAAAGGUGGAAUGAUUUAUCUCUGUCUCUAGAUUGGUCCCUUUUCCUUGCUGCACUAGAGAAUUGUUUUCAGACUUCCAAGGAGAAUGAAGCCAGGCUAGAAAUCGGAGUGGAUGUAAAACAGCUGUUCUCCCAGGGAGGAGAAGGAGUCACAGGUUUUCAUUGCUUUUUGUUCCUGUGCAGCUCAGGACAAUGGUUUUGUCUGCCCCAAUUAUUGCCCUUGGGGCUACCUUAGGGACUGCAACUAGCAUCCUUGCCCUCUGUGGUCUCACCUGCUUCUGCAAAUGCAAGCAACCUGGGAAAGAACUCUCAGAAAAGGACCAAGACGAGGACACAGAAAAUGCUAAGCCCAGUGUGCUUCAGCCAGCCCAGCAAUUCAACAUUAAGAAAACUGCAGAGCCAGUCCAGCCUCGAGCUCUCCUGAAGUUUCCUAACAUUUAUGGCCCCAAGCCUGUUGUAACUUCACCUGAAAUAGUUAACUACACGCAAUACUCCUUGAAGACAACAGAAGAACCAGCCACUGUAAAACACGCUGUUUUGGAUGAGAACAGGAUGAAGAUACAAGUCAAUGAAGAAUUGUUUGUUCUCCCUCAAAACGUUCCAGGUGUGGUAAAGGAUGUGUGUGUCACAGAGCACUUGAAGCCCGAGCGGGCAGCCAGCUGUAACCAGGUCCCUGAACUGCGCUAUUCCCUCACAUACGAUCAACAAAAAGCUGAGCUGCGUGUGGCCCUUCUGGAAGCUAUGCAUGGCAAAAUGAGCAUUGACCAAGAUGCUGGCUGCCAUUGCUACAUACUGGGCACACUAGUGAGCAAAUCUGGCAUGACUGAAGCCCAGACAGAGCUGAAAAAGAAGGUGCUUCACACCCUCUGGGAGGAGGCCCUGCGGUUCCCGUUAACUGAGGAGGAGAUGCAAGAGGGGACUCUGACUCUCACCUUGAGAAACUGCGACAAGUUCUCCAGACACAGCAUUGUGGGGGAACUCAAACUGAGCCUUGCUAACAUGGAGGAAUUCGGGAUGGCCCAAUGGGAAAGACUAAAGACCCCAGAGAAGGAGCCAUCUACAGGCCAUGGAGAAGUUCUGCUCUCUAUCAGCUAUCUGCCAGCUGCAAACCGCCUGCUUGUGGUGAUUAUUAAGGCUAAAAAUCUCCAUUCCAAGCAGCUGAAAGAUCUUCUUGGAAAUGAUGUUUCUGUCAAGGUGACCCUGAGGCACCAGUCCUUAAAGCUGAAGAAGAAGCAGACCAAACGUGCAAAGCACAAGAUCAACCCUGUCUGGAAUGAGAUGAUCAUGUUUGAGGUGCCUCAAGAGCUGCUGCGUGCCUCUAGUGUGGAGCUGGAAAUGCUGAGCCAGGAUGGUGCUGGGCAAAGCCAAGUGCUCGGCAAGUGCAGCCUGGGUUUGCAUGUCACAGGCACAGAGAGGAACCACUGGGAAGAAAUGCUGAGGAACCCCAGAAGACAGAUAGCCAUGUGGCAUCAACUCCACAUGUAGGCAUGCUAUGACUACUGCCAACCAGAUUUCCACCAAGCCUCUGAGCGUGGGGAAAUAAGCUGCAUUUCACCUUCCACUCUCCCAUCCACCAAGUGGCCCAGCACAGCAUUCUUCUCAGGCCACCCGCUCUGAUUGCCAAAGGAAACUGUCUGGAAAAUGUACUUAGAGGACAAUGGCUCACCCUACCAAGUGGUUCUCUUAAACAAAGGGCCUGGCUGUCUGGGUGAUUUGAAUCACUUUUGUUAGCCUGCCCACUGUCGUUUCUUUGAGUUCCCAGUUUCUGCAGAGAAGCUGAGGGGAUUAGAGGGAUCACAGAAAUCUCAGCUGUUCUUUGGCAUCUGGCACUUUCACCCAAGCUCAGUGGUGAAGGCUGGCUCCAUAAUAUGCAGCAAUCAUUUUGCCAGUCACUGUUUUUCAUAAUGCUUUGUAAGAUUGUAAGAAAUGAAGAUCACAAAAUUAAUGCUGACUUCUGACCCAAAGCAGUAGUAUGGAAGAGAGAGAAGCUAGGUGGAAGCAUAGAUGAAUGUGCAUUAGACGGAUAUCUAGAAGUACAGAAGGAACAGAGGAAGAGGAGAGACAGCCAUACUGUCACCCAGUGUAGUCUUUGAAGCAAACACUGCCAAACAAGAAGUCAAAUAUUUUUCUUCACUUUUGUUUAUUAGAGUGUUUGAUACCUUAGCUUUAGGGUUCAUGAAAACUGUUGAAAGCAUGAAAGUUUCAGAAUCCUCUACAUCACCCAUGAAGACCCUAAACAUGGACAGCAAGUUAUUACUGAUAUUACUUCCAAAAACAUGGACCAAAUCCUUCUGCUUACUGACAUUCUGUUUGGGAAUUUCUGAUCUGAAAAAGUUUCAAAUACAGUAAUUGUAUUCCAGGAAGUAUCUAUACAAAAGAAGUGGGAUCCCUUCAUACCUUAGCAUUUGAUUGAUGGUCUUGGUUUGAAGUUAACUAUCACACCCAAUUCUCAUACCUGCAUUACUUGAAGAAAACCCUUCAGAACGGUCAUGUAUUUCAUCACUUCCAGACAGAAGGAAUUCACCGACCAGACAUACUCUCUAGAGCUUGCUUUUUUUGUGUGCACUUUCAAGAUCUGAUGUGGCUUAAAUGUUACUGUUUACUGUUCUUUUUGUGUCUGGAUGGACUGAAAAGCUGGCACUGCCAGCAAUUAUGUUACAAUCACAUAAGCACAGAUUGUUCUGCUGCUUUAUUUCAAGUAGUAGACACAGCUUUGAGGACUUGUAUGGGAACAAGACAUCCAAAAGUCUGAAAACGGGAUCAUAUGUUUUGUAGCACUGAAAUACUCUGAGAACUUCAAUUUUUGUAGGGUUAGUAUGAUUCCCUGUUUAAUUCAAAAUAUUAAACUGGGCUUUAUCUUGAAUACAUUCCAUUUUGCUGAUUUAGCCAAACAAGUCUAGUAAGUUGUCAGGUGAAGGCUAACACCCUGCAGUGAAAGGGGAAACAACCAGAACCAGUCUCUGAAAAUUGGCUUUAGUGUCAAGCACAGAAGUUUGUGAACAGAGGAGUGAAGUUCAGCUGGAAGCCACUCACUAGUAGUGACUGUGGUGGUAUUGGGGCCAACUCUGUUUAACAUCUUCAUUAAUGACCUGAAUGACAGGACAGAGCACACCUUAAACAAGUUUGCAGAGGAUACAAAACUGAGUGUAGCUGUUGAUACACAAAUUUCUUGUGCUACUUUUCAGAAGGAUGUGAACAGGCUGGAGAAAUGGACUGACAAGAAUGUUCAAUAAAAUGAAAGGUAAAGUCCUGCAGCUGAGGAGGAACAACACCAUGCAACACCACAGGGCCGGGGAAAACCACCUGGGAAGCAGUUUUGCAAAGAACUUGGGGCCCUGGUAGAAGCCAAGUCAAACAUAAACCAGCAGUGUACUUUUGCAUCAAAGAAGUGCAACAGUGCCUUGGGUUGCAUUAUGAAAGCCAUUGCCAGCAGCUCAGUAGGGGUGAUUCUACCCAGCACUGGUGAGGACAGACCUGAAGUGCUGUGUCCCGCUCUUGGCUUCCAAGGUGAGAAAGAUUUGGAUUUACAUGAACAAGUGCAGCAAAGGGCCAUGCAGAUGAUUACAGGAGAUAAGCAUCUUUUGUAUGAGGAGAAGCUGAGACCUGACACCAUCUAGUCUGGAGAAGAGAAGGCUCAAUGUGUAUAAGAACCUGAUCUGGAAGAGGAAAAAAGAAGAGACAGGCUCUUCUCAGUAGUGUCUGGUGACAACAUAAGAGGAAAUGGGCACAAAUCACAAUACAUAUAAUUGUAAGUAAAUGUGAGAGAAAAAUUCAGACAGAAAGAGAGAGAGAGAGAGAGAGAGACUGAGAGAGAGAAGAUGAUUAAACAGUGGAUCAAGUUUCCAAGAGAAGUUAUUGGUCCUUGGAGACCCCUGAAACCUGACUGGACAUUGUGUAGUAGAUGUAGACAUCUACUGUAGUUUAUACUGCUUUGAACAGAGAUGGGACUGGACAAGGUGUUCUCCAGAGGUCCUUUCCACUCUCAGAGGCUGUGUGACUCUGAACAGAUCAACAAGGUCAAUGAACAGUGAAGAAAACUAUCUUUACAUUGCUACUCUCAUUACUGGGUGGCGUAGCAGCGAGUUACUUGAUCGCAUUGAAGAAAGAGAUAAAAACAACUUUGACCAAACAAACAAACAAACAAACAAGCAGACAGAAAAUUAAAUAAGUGAAUGAAUAAAUAAGCUACAGAAUCUUAUAAGGAAUGGUUUAAUCUCUGCUACUGCUCCACUGGCUAGGGGAGGUUUAAUUAGAAAAAAAGAAAAAUGACUUUGUUUUAUGGAUUUUUGUUUUAUUAAGAAAGAGCUGUAGGAUUCUGUGAUUAAAGUAAACAUAGCAGAAACUUAGUUGAUAGCAAAUUCUCAGUAGUUUCUCUGUUCUGUCUUCUGUUGUCUGUAGAUAUGCCUAUAGGUUUGGAAUAAUUAUUUCCAUUUAAGUGCAACAUUUGUUGUCAUGUUGGCCUGUUCUUCCUAUAGUUCCUGGCAUCGAUGCAAUUCUUUCUUCCUUUUAGUAUAAUGAUAAGAAGAACAACUUCAUGGUAUGAUGCUAUUUGGCUGGCAAUGAAAAGCCUGAAGGGCCAAAUAUUUGUCUUGCUGCCAAGAGAUUUCUCCAGUUCUGCCUCCUGCUUAUUUUAAUGAACCUUUUAUAACAUCUUGGUGACUGAUUGUAAACAGCAUUAUCUGCCUCUGCCCCUGGUGAUUUUGGCACACCCUGUAAUUAGAUAACAAUCCUACAGCACCUAAGAAAUAGCCCCUUGAAAUCUGAUUUUCCUGUGAAAAAUAUAAUGUCCUCUUUUAUAGAAGAGAAAGAUAUGUGUAGACACUUAACCACAAAAUAGUCUUAAGGCAAAAGUGGUGUCAUCAGAGUUAAAGGCUGGUGUUGUUCCUUCCUUUGCUGUAUGCAAUUGAAACAGAGAACAAAUGUAUGCAUCUCUCCUGACUGGAUCUUUUUUACUGUCUGGCAUUUUAGCCUGGGAAGAAUGCUUUUUGCAUUCAGCUUAGUCUUAAGAGGCUGCCAGGUGUUGAUUUAAUGAGGCAGGAGCUGUUCUAGGGACUGAAAGGCAGUGCAGUUAAGGGUGCUGGCUCCCAUGAGCAGAAGGAAUGUUGCGUACGUGUGGUACUGGAGGGGCAGGGACGCCCAACCCUGGCCCUUUUGAACUUUGUUAAUAGGAGCUGUUUGUCGUCAAAUUCCUGCUCCUGUUCAGUGCCCUGCCGUUAUGCCAUGAAACUGCCUGUAUCAGGCAGUGCUUGAAUGCCCCGAGCCCCAGCACCCCAUGGCUGUAGGAACUAAAUUGGCCUGAGCAGAUGAACUGUAGAGCUACUGUGUGAAAUGGCAGCAUAUUAUAUAUAUAAACAAAAAAGUAUCUGGAAAUUCCCUGUGUCAUCACAUGUUUGAACUAGGUGAUCAUAGUGGUCUUUCCCAGCCUUAAUGAUUCUAUGAUUCUAUAACAGGUGACAAUAGGUUAUGACAAUUAAUGUUCUUAAGUAAUGUGUUUGACCAAGAAGCCAGGUCAGUAGAUUCCCCAGUGGCAAUUCAGUGGUUGCACUGAUCCUUCUGCCUGCUAUUAACCCAUUAAUAUGAAGAAAUGUUAAGGCUGGAAGCAAACAAGCUGUGGAGAUAAAAAAACAAAACCAAAAAACACUACCACCAUCAAAAACAAUAACAAAAAAUACCCUUAGGAAUUUGUGCUACUGUAGGAAAGAUUAAAAAAGCACACAGAUAACUGAUAGUCCCUAAAACACAGAAUCAUAAAAUCACUAAUAUUGGAAAAGACCACUAAGUUCAUCUAGUCCAACUGUCAACCCAUUGUCAUUACUACCCUUGGCAUUUUCUCCAGUUAUAAGGGGCAGUGGUUGCAGUUGUCCUGUAAAUGGACAAAGUAUUUCCUUCAGUUCUUGUCCCAAGUAUACUUGAAUGCUGAUGGAAACCAUGUUCACUUUGCAAACAGGAAACACAUUGGAAGUUAAUGGAAAAUUCACUUCAACAAGUCUGGGAUAAGGCUGGGAAUACUUUCAGGUUCAACUCUUCUCCCAGGCGUUAUUCUGCUUUCAACAUUCUGAACAAAAGCACUUUGAAUUUUGCAAGGAUUUGUCAUCAGUACUGUGUGUCCCGAGAUACAUUUGUUAUCAGAAAGGAGGAGUUUGCAGUUUGAGCUUUACAAAUGCAGCCUGAAGUUUGUCCGCAUUUUCCUGAUGUCUGUGAAUCUGAUUCUGGACAUGAUCCCCACCAAAUGGCAUGCAGGAAACUGUAAGUCACAUUACUUACCUGAUUCCUGUAAUGCCCACUUGAAAAGGCAAAUUGUGCAGCGAUUUCCCCCCUCUGCAGCAGGAAGGUUGAAAGUUGCAUACUACGCAUUAUAGUCCAGCUGCCCAUCGCUGGCAAGCACAGGAGGCACAAAGAGCAAUGUGGUGGGAAACGGUCUAAAAAUGAUAUCAAUAGCAGGGCUUGAGAUAAGCACAAUGACAUUUAGUUAAAUCUGGGAGCCAAGGUGCCUUGGACUACACUCCUUAGGAGGUCAGUUUAAAGUUUGGUGGGACUGAAGGGCAGAACUUUGGCAGUACCUUUUAUGAAUUCUCAAGUGUAACUAAAUCUCAAGAUAAAUUUAGUUCAUUUGCUGAAUGAUAAGCAUGAUGAGCAAAAACUAAUACUAGACACUAUAUUGUUUCUUCUGUUGGUAAUAUCAAACUGCACAACAGUAGCAAAGUGAAAUAGUGCUUCAUGGCCUUCCAGCAUGAGAAGGCUUUUCUGCUUACUCAGUCCUUCAGCGUCCAAAUGUGUGUAUUGCACAGAGCAGAUAUUGUUUGUCAAGAUGAUAUUGUAUGCACAGUCCAAAGCACAAACAGAGCAUGAGAUUCAGUCUUUGUGUCUACUGUUAGAGCACAAAAUGUAAAUCACCACAAGUAAAUAAUUCCAAACUGUG